UUUGCUUUGGGGGAAGGUCAAACCCACCGGAGUUUGCCCUGAAGAUGCGCCACGCCCCCUCCCCAGUCUGAGCCGGGCGGGACACCAGGGGGAAGCAGCGGCCGCAUCCCCGUGCCAAGCAGAAGCGGACUCUGUGCCGGGUCACUCGGCUCUUCAGCUUUUAGGAGAACUCCUAGGGGGGCGGGGACGGCGGCGAAAAUGCGGAUUUGAAACCGGGAGUCGAGGCGGACGUCGGGGGCUGGCGCUGCAGGAGCGGUCGACGCGGCGGCCCCGGGAGCCGCGUGGCCUGGAGGAGCGUCCGGCGGUCAUGGGCGAGCUGGCUGUCGGGCGGCCGGGGGCCGACUGAGCGCCGGGCCGAGACCCCACCUCCCGGGGCGCCCGGGCGACAGUCAGCCGGCGGCCACUGCCGCCCGGCUUGGGGCUGCCCCCGGGGGUCCGGCCAUGGCCGGCCGGGGUUGCGGCUGCAGCUGCGGCCCGGGCCACCUGAACGAGGACAACGCGCGCUUCCUGCUGCUCGCCGCGCUCAUCGUGCUCUACCUGCUGGGCGGCGCCGCCGUCUUCUCGGCGCUGGAGCUGGCGCACGAACGCCAGGCCAAGCAGCGCUGGGAGGAGCGCCUGGCCAACUUCAGCCGCCGCCACAACCUGAGCCGCGACGAGCUGCGCGGCUUCCUUCGCCACUACGAGGAGGCCACCGAGGCCGGCAUCCGCGUGGACAAUGUUCGCCAGCGCUGGGACUUCACCGGCGCCUUCUACUUCGUGGGCACCGUCGUGUCCACCAUAGCAUAGAAAGAGCAGAAUAUUAAAACACAACUCAGGGAG